UGUCCAGACUGCGCCUAUACCUCGUUUGCGCUAAUAGAAUGGACGUCGAAUCUACAACUCCUAUACCUCGUCCGUGUCUGCAGAUUCUUUCGCCGCGUCGAUAAUUGAAAACGUGUAUCUGCGGUCGCGCGUCAGAUGUCGCCACGUAACCAAAUAUCGCGGACGCGUUCAGCAUCGACGCGUUGACGCAAUCGUCGACGACGUGUAUAAAUUAUUACAACUUAAACUCUAAAUACGAAUUACAUAAGAAAUUGCCAGUGAACGUAUAAAAAUAAUUUCAAGAAGUCGUACUUCGUAUGCUACUUUCCGCAAUGAUACGUCCGCGAGAGGUUCGUAAAAACAAAUAAUAAAUCCAGGAAUAUAAUUUAAAACGAACUCGCUUAAAUAUUUGUAAACGAAGUGAAGUUAGUGCGAUUAAGCGAACUGACGUUGACGAUGAAGUUGGCGCGACACAGUGAUUUAAGAAACAUUGAACAAACACGUAGUGUUGCUACCAGUGUUUCCCUGUUUCCUUGGAAAAUAUACUUUAUCGAUUUAAUUUUGUUUGCGCAUCUAUUCGAACGCGUUGCUACGAAACGUUUCUUCAGUCUACGUUCUGUGCUUCUUCUAGUGUAAUUGUCAGUGAGAAUUCAAGAAGCGACCUGCGACAAUUGCAUCAUGGAAGCAGACGAAGUCCAUUAUGUCCGGAAUCCUUAUCCUCUGCCAGAUAUAACUCGCGAAGGAGAAUGGACGCGACGACCGGUUCUCGGUAAAAAUGUUUAUCCGCAAGACAAGAGUUGGACCGCCAAUUUGAAACCUUACGAACGGCUUUUUGCGCAUCACACGUUGAACAGCAUCAGAAAGGAUGCCAGAUUAGUGAGAACGAAGGUACCAAACGAUGCUCUCGAUUUGACGCUUUCAACGAUCUACGUUCACAGUAAAGACACUUUGGUACCAAAAGUGUAUGUUCCAAUGCAACCGGAAGCCCUGGGGAAGAAGACGUGGCGCGUUUUAAAAAAUAAAAUCGAAGUAUACCAGACACCGACGGUGCCAGGCGCGGAAGAAAAGGAUCCUGUUUCGUCGUUGCUGAGCCACUGUUAUCGUGGCCCGCUGCCAGAGCGAAGAGUUCAUCCGAGCAGCGUGAAAUUAAAUAUCACCGGGCCGCACUCGGUUCAAUCUAAUCCCGGAUACAGUCGCAAAAUCGACGGAACUUUUUACGGUAUUUAAACACGGAUCUGCGCAAUGUUUGAAAUGGUAACUCGGCCGGCGAAGCUAAGCCAACAAUCCUAUUUGAGGAAAAUUAAAUCAACGAUUUUAUGAUUAUCAUUCACAGCGUGGAUCGACACUUUUAUGUGUUUAUAGAGUCACAGGCCAUCGAUUUGCGAUCGUUUCAUCGAGAUCGCAAAAUUGCUUUCGCGGAGACACGAUUUUUUCAUUAUUAUUAUUAUUAUUUUUAUUUUUAUAGAUAUUAAGUACUCUAGGCUAGAGCAUUUGGGAAUUGUGAAAUUAUAACGUUUAUACUUAUAUGUUAUUUAGUAUCGAAUCGUAUUGUACACGUUGCUCUGAAUUUAUGGAAAAUUGAAACGUUCUUGUAAAAUAAAAGAAAGAAGAGAAAUUGAGCAUCCUAUAUUAAGUUUUGUACGAACCCUGUAGUUUAUAUAUAAAUGUGAAAUAUAUUGUACAGUUUUACACGAAUAUCACUUACAUGA